AUGGCCUACGAGAUCUACAGGCCGCACGACGUAAACAUCUCAUCUCGCGGUGUGAUUGCCAACGGUGAGUCUCUUGUGUUCGGAUCUUCCAGUUUGGUUACUGCUCCUUAUGGAGAUUACUGGAAAUUCAUGAAGAAGCUCCUUGCCAAAAAGCUUCUUCGCAAUCGAGCAGUCACAAGGCAUCCGUGCAGAGGAGUUAGAGCGAUUUUACUUUAA